AUGGUAGCAUCGGCGCAUACGGUCGGAGCUCCAGACUUCGUCCCUGGAACUGUGCACCUGGUGGACUUGGAUGGCACUGUUCAUGCGGCUCACGCAAAGGGCAAACAGAACGAUGUUGUGUUGGUUCCCACUCCUUCAAAGGACCCUGACGAUCCGUUGAACUGGAGCCCACGCCGGAAACUGUUGUUUGUAUUCUGUCUCUGCACCUAUAUUCUGGUUGUAGGCAUUCCGACCGCCGCCAUCUAUUCGAUUCUAGUUCCCAUCUCAGUCGAUAGUGGACUCAGUAUCAGUACCUUGGUAGAAGGGACUGGAUACAUGUUCUUGGUCCUUGGAUGGGGAUGCCUGAUCAUGCAGCCCCUGGCCAUGAACUAUGGAAAACGUCCAAUCUACCUGCUUUCAACUCUGGGAACAGUGGGAAUGAUGAUUUGGGCUCCUUAUUGCCUAACAAGGGGCCAGUGGAUUGCCAACAAGUGCCUGCAGGGCUUCUUUGGAGCUAUCAUUGAAUCCCUCUGCGAAAUUUCAGUUGCAGAUGUUUUCUUUACUCAUGAACGGGGAACGUAUGUGGGUCUAUACGCGUUGUUUCUGGCAGGAAGCAACUUCUUUGCUCCCAUCAUCUCAGGCUUCAUCAAUGACGGCCAAGGAUGGAAAUGGGUUCUGCACUGGUGUGCCAUCUUCAAUGGCGUCGGCUUCAUCAUCCUAUUUUUCUUCAUGGAAGAGACUAACUUCCGCCGUGCUCCGACCACCUCUGUCGAACCUGACGCUGGAAUCGAAAACGAAAGCCUUUCUGGCAAUGAGAAGCAACCAGUCGACUCUGAAAAGACUGCGAGUGCCCAACCUCACAGAGUCGUUGAAGAAGGUGUCACCUACGAGCUUUCAGUGACUAAAAUGUCUUAUUGGCAAAAGUUGGCCAUAUUCCGAGCGGAUGUUUUCCAACGACGGGCAAACUUCAAAGGCAUGAUUCUUCGACCAUUGAUCUUCUUCUCUUUUCCAGUCAUUUUCUUCUCGGGUUUCAUGUACGGGUCCAUCGUUUGUUACUUCAAUAUUCUCAACGGUACGGCCUCGGUGAUCCUGUCCAGUCCACCGUACAACUUUUCCGCAAGCAUGGUUGGUCUCUCUUACGUGUCAUGCCUCAUUGGGGUCUUCCUUGGGGCUUAUUUCUCUGGCCCACUGGGUGACAAGUUCAUCCUGUGGAAAGCGAGGAGGAACAAUGGCGUGAUGGAGCCUGAGCACCGUCUGUGGCUCUACAUGAGUCUCUUCAUCCUUAUUCCCGGUGGAUUUUUUAUCUGGGGCAUCGGUGCAGCACAUCACGUCCAUUGGUUCGGCCUUGUGUUUGCAAUGGGAAUGCUGGCCGCAGCCAUCACCAUAGGAUGUCAGCUACCAAUCAGCUAUUGCAUCGACUCUUACAAGGACAUGAGCGGAGAUGCUAUCGUCACAGUCAUUUUGAUCCGCAACACCAUGAGCUUCGCAGUCAGCUACGGUGUGACCCCUUGGAUGACCAACAUGGGCUACCAGAAUGCCUUUAUCCUGGCAGCGUUUGUUGCAAUGGCACAAAUUUGCCUUUUCUUUGUCUUCAUAAAAUACGGCAAGAGCCUUCGAAAGGCAAGCAUACCUCGAUACUGGAAAUAUGUCAACCAGCUUCAAGCCGAGGGUCUUGUACAUUAG